AUGGAACCUGAUAAUCAAGGCGAUAAUAUAGAAAAAUAUGAUAUUAAGUUGAAAUCGAAGCCAAAAGAUGGAGUCAUAUUGCAACUUCACCAUACAAUUCGUGCAUCAAACGGAGAAACUCGACGUAUCCGAUUUUCUAUUGGUAUUUUUGAAGAUACUCAUGAUAAGCUAGCAUGCGCUGAUAACGUAGGAAAUAUUUUUGUAUUAGAUUUUGCAGAUUUAAAAUUUUGGAAAUUACCUAACCAAGGACCGUGUUCUGCACUGCAAUUUGUUCCCCAUGCUCUUGAUACACUCGUCGUUGCUAUUGUCAAGAAAUUCGAGAUUAAUUUUAUAGAUUCUGAAACUGGUAAACAUAGGUUCUCCUUGCUUGGACAUACCGCACCAAUUAAACACAUCUCAUUUUCCAACAACAAAAUCAAUAACUUACUUACUGCUAGUUCAGUAGAGGCAAUUUUAUGGGAACUUAAAAAUUAUACAAAAUAUUUUACUCUUAACACAUACUCCGGUGCUCAAAUUCAGCAAAUAUUAUUUACACCUGCUGGUGACUACUUAGUGGCUUGUUUUCAAAAUGACACUGUUCAAAUAUGGAGACAUGAAACAAUGAAAUCAGUGAAACAAAUUAUACCAAGCGAAUUGAAACAUUUAAAAAAUGUUGCAUUUACAAUGAAUGGUAGAGCAAUGGCCAUGGCAGGUCUGGCUCCAAUAUUGAUCCUUUUCAGUAUGGACACUUGGAAGGCAUUGAAAUCUAUUAAUUUACUUAAAUAUAAGAUUUCAGGAGUACAACAAGUGUCUUUUAUUCCACAAAUGUUUGAUGGUGGCAGUAAUAAAAUGCUGGCAUUAUUAAGUAGUGACUGCAAAUUAUAUUUUCUAGAUUUAGAAUCUCUUAAAGUUUUACAUACUAUACAACCAGAUUCUUCAGGUAUUAGAAAGUUUGUUGUGAGCCCUACUGGGAAAUACUUUCUUUGUAUUUUACAACAAGGAGAAGUUAAUAUUUACAAUACUUCUCAUGUAAUGGAUUUAAAACAAUGUCCUAUUGAAACAGUUAAGAAAGAACUACCUUGUUCUUCUAUGAUUUCUAAAAGUGUAGAUUCACCUAAAAGAGAGGAAAUUGAACAAAGGAUGAGAAAAUGUAUGGAUAGUGCCAGAUUGAGAAGAAUAUUGAUGCAAUAUGGGGAAUACCCUGACAAGUUCCGCUCAAUCAUUUGGAGAUCUCUUUUAGUAACUCCAAGGAAUAAAAUAGCAUAUUCAUCUUUAGUGGAUAAGGGAAUUCAUGCAGCAUAUAAAGAUAUUGAAAAACAAUUUACAAUACAUAAUUCAAUUACAUUAAAAAAUUUAAAAAGGCUAUUGUCUUGUCUUGCACACUGGUGCCCGCUAUUUGGUGUAAUGAAAUUUCUGCCUAGUUUUGUAUUCCCAUUUGUAAAAGUACUUCAAAAAGAUCCUCUUUUAUUAUUUGAAUGUGUAGCCACAGUUCUACUAAAUCAGUGUCAGCUUUGGUUUGAGUAUGCACCCUUUCCUCCAAUUAGUAUUUUGGCAAUGGUUGAAAAUAUUCUAGCGGAACAUGACUCACAAUUAUUAGACCAUUUUUGUGAGUUAGGUGUUACUAGUCAAAUAUAUGCUUUGAAAAUUUUAGAAACAGCAUUCAGUGAAGUACUUACAUGCUCUGAAUGGCUAAUACUUUGGGAUCAUAUACUUAGCAAUGAGCCAGCUUUUAUACUUAUGGCCAUAGUUUCUUAUAAUAUUGUUCAAAAGAAUGCUCUUAGAAGACUGCACAGUCAUGAACAGAUUGAAAAUUUUUUUCAUAUGCAGAAUCCUAUAGAUAAGAAAACUUUUUUGAAGAAAGCUUACAUGAUGCUUAAUGAUACGCCUGAAGAUAUACAUCCCAGACGAUUUUUUAAUUCGUUUGUGGCCUUAGACAAGGGAAGUUGUUAUCAACAGUUUAGUGGCUAUCCAAAGGCGACGAUUUGUCUAAAGUUAGCAAAGAAAGACCAAACGAAUUGUCACAAAAAAGAAAAAUGUACUCUUAAAGAACUUACGAGAAAAUGUCAGGAAGAAGAAAUAAAUAAAAGGAGUAAAGCCGAAAAUCUUUCUGAUUUAGAUUUUGAUAGUAGUUCGGAGGGAGAAUUAGAAAAAUGUAGCGCUGUGACAAGUAAUAAUUUUAAAAAGAAAAUAUCGAGUAAUUCACGAAAUAGAGGAGACCAUAGUAAAAACGAAAUAAAAGACGAUUUGAUAGAAAGCAUAAUGCAUUCUGCUGCAGCCACAUAUUCAAAUGAAAGUAAAAAAAAAUCGUCGUCUAAAACUAGAAAAAGUCAUAAAAUCUGUAAUGAAAAUGUAAGUUCUAAGUCAAAGAGAAAGAGUGAACGAAAUGAUACUUUAGAAAGGGAAGUUGAAAAACUUAUACAUAGUUGUAGUAAUUCCGAUGGAUCUGAGGAU